AUGCUGCAAAAGUUAUUUCGCUCAAAGCCUACGUCUAAAAAUGAAGACGACAAACAUGCUCAAUCCUUACUAGGAACUGACCCCUGGUCUCCUCCGUCCUUCGAUGCUAGUCAAAUACGAGUAAUUGUCUGUCAAGAUACUGGUGAUAAGACAAAGCUGACCUUAUUCGAUUCUGCUUAUUCCACACCUAAUACCUCUGAUAACCGAGAUCAUACAAAUAUUGAACCCUCAUCUUGGAGUGGUGUUAAUUUUCUGAGCGGAAACUUUUUACCAAAGUCAAGUAGUGCAAUAAAUAUAAGAUCUUCUACUCUCCCUCGUAUUCAGGAUUCUACUCAUGAUGAGAGUAAACGAAGAAGUUUAGAUUCUCCAAAUCCAAAUCGAUCAAAUGCUAAUACAUUACCACCAUCUAAUCGUGGUAAUCUAAGAAAGACGGCUCACAAUAUUGACUUGAUUGGUGAUAUGAUGUUUGGAACCGUCCCUUUAUCAUAUAAGGGAAUGACUACAAAGAUUCACUUUAUGGAAUCUCCCAAGCCACAAAUUUUAUUGACCAAAUUAUUUUCCAUAAAUCCUUCGGAUUUAGAAAGUAAUCCUUCUGUGAGAAGAGGUUCUUUUUCGUCUACGAGUAGUGAUACUUCAUUGUCUACUUCAACUCAAGGCAGUGCGAUAACCACAAAUGGUCCACGAAAUGCUUCAAAACCUAUUUCUGAGUCUAGUUCUAUGUUUUUUGAUGAUUUCUCCGAAUUUUGUGACGAUGACUCCUUUCGUGCUGUUCCUUCUUAUGCUUCCCUUCCAUCUUCAUUUCGUAUUGAUCCUUCAAUACAUGGCUUACAAGAUUACGAAGAUUCAGUUAUACUAGUAUGGAAAAUGUCAAGUUUAAAGCAUCCUUCACGCUCUUUUAUGUACUCUGUUGGUGUAGUCUUAUCUUUGGAUGAUAAUGAUCUUUUGGAGAGUUUUGUUUUCUCUCAUUUUGCAUUGUUAGAAAACAAAUUGCAUCAACUUUACUCUAACGUAUUCAAAAUAAUUUGCCAUCUCCUCCGGAAAUCUCCGUCGCCAUCUACCAUAAGUGGUUCUCAUUCUAUAUUUAAUACACCUACUCGGCAUAGAAUUUCCGCUUCUUCUCUUUCGUCACUUGUUUUACAAAAUGAUCCACUCUGGUUAAAAGUUGUGACGAGAUUUAAGACUUCGCUCCUAGGAAAUGUUGCUUUACCUAGAGUGCGCGCGCCUUUGCAUGAUUUGCGUGCGCACAAGCAAAAGGAGCCUUUAUGGUUGACCAUGUCAACAUUUCCGCAUAAAAGGGAAAAACUCGCAAAAAGCUUUAUGUCUGAAUUGUCUUAUCUAUUAGAAAAAUAUGACGACGAAAAAUCGAAUUUCUUUAUAUCGAUACUAAUUACCAACAUUCUAAUGUACCAUCUUUCUUGGGUACCUACUGUUGCUGAUUUUGAAGAGCGGAAUGGUAAAAAUUUAUUUUAUGAUCCAUUGUGGGCUCAGUUGGGAGAUUUAUAUGGUGUCAUGGGAACGCCAUCAAUAAUGAGUAGAACCAUAAUUUCUGGAACAGAUGAAAAUACAGUUUGUCGAAUAUUGUUUGUUCUUAGCUACUUUAUACGAUGCAAUGAAAUAUUUGAAAGAUCAGAAGAUAUAAUCCCUUUAGAAUUACAGCGUGAAGAAGAGAGUAAGACAUCUUUAAAUUGCGAUAAAAAUUUAUCAUCAGAGUCUACUCCAUCAGAUGGUAACGUCCUUCACAAAAAGGAGGCUGAAACGUUGGACACCCAAAAUAAAAAUGAGAGUAAUGAUAUUACAAAUAUUAACCAUAAUAAAUCACACAAGAGAUCUGAAAGUCAACAUAAAAGGGUUAUAAUAGAUUUUCCUUUUACGGAUAUUUCUGUAGAAAACUUUUUAGAUGUUCCAAUGCCCAAAUCACAAAUUCAGUCCGUGAUACCUGAUCCAUCAUUAAUCACAACAGAUAAAGAUAAAAAUGCAGCAAAUACAAAAAGUUUUCUUAGUGCAGAUCAAUUAUUCGUAAAAUCCUACGGCAGGUCACUAAUGGCUGGCUAUUGUGAGAAAUAUAUGUCAGACUUUGUAUUGAUGGGUCUCCCUAAACUUGAUGAAUUUCAGGAUUCUUUGGCGGCUGAUUUGAAGAAUUCUUUACGGAUGCAACCAUUUUCUUUACAAGAGCCAGUUUCCAAAUCAAUUUGCAUUUCGGGACAAUUGAAUACUUUGAACUGCUCUAUUUUAGGAUGUGAAGCUUAUAACGGUCAUAUUAUCGGUGGAAGUCCGCCAGUAACAGUUCAAGAGGAUCAUAUAAGGAAUGUUAAUGAGUAUUUUGUCCCAUUAAACACUAAGUCAGAAUACGUAUCUACUAUGCUUCAUCAAUGUAAAAAUUUGUAUACUAAGAUUGGUAUGCCUGCAGAAUCUUGUCUAGAAUAUUUAGAAGAUCGUCUAAGAAUAUUAUAUCAUAAGGCUAUUAUGUACAAAAAUUAUUCCGCUAACUCAUCUACUGCUGUUUCUAUUUCAUCACAAUAUUUAUUUGUUCAACCAUCUAAAAAUGAGCAAGUACCAGUAAAUGUGUUAGAGGCACUAGGAUUACAUAAAUCAGAUCUUCAAUUAAUCUAUGCCGUUAGUUCUACUUUGUAA